UUUUAUCUUUGCUUCUUUGCGUUUGCAUAAUUUUCGAGCUAGUCAAAAAAAAUGCAAAAAUGUCAAAAAAUUAAGCGAUUUACGCUUUUUUAUAGCCGCUAAAUGUUUACCUAACGUUAAUUUUUGGAUAACUAAUUUGAGUGUUUUGUGUUUUUCAUCCAAAUUAAGUUUUCCAAAUAGAUUAAACUUCUCUUCUUAUAUAAUUAAUUGAUCUCUAAAUGAUGUCCAUUCAUUCUUGUGCUGAACCUGCACUUCAAAACACCGAAUUUAAAUGGACUCAUUCAGCAAAUUGGCUUCUAAUAAACAGUUAUCUCGAUUUGAAAGACGAAUUCCGUGAUCCGAGGAUUAGGAAGAAGGAUUUAUGGAUUCAAAUUUCGGAGAAGUUCCGUGAUGUUGGCUACGAAAUUCCCUACGAUUUAUUGGAUAAAAAGUUCCGCAAUCUAAAAUCAACUUAUUUUCAAGUUAAAGAAAGAAACCAACAUUCCUCACAUAAAUCCAUCAAAUGGGAAUAUUAUAAAGUUUUCGAUGAGCUGUUGAAGGGCGAUGAAGCUGCCGCAGCUAAUUUCGCAACUGUCAAUGACCCCCGUUUGUCCAACUUACGGUCUUCGGGUUUUGUUCCUAUUGACAGCAGGAAACGAAAACGACCUUUUCCAUCAAGCAUGACAAAAACUGGUAAUGGAACUCUUAAGUACGUUACAAUUGAACCUGCUGCUUCUAUGGAUGAUUUCGUUGCAGACGAUUCGAGUGAACCACCACGAGGGGAUAAGAAGCUCUCGGAAUUAGACGACAAUAUUAUAGAAGAUUCUCAAGACGGGACGUUUGCAUAUGAAUAUGAUGAACACGAGAAUUAUGGAAAUACAAACCGGGAAUCGGUGUCCUCCGGCAAUAAGAUCAACAUGGAGAACCUCGAAGCUCGGAAGCUGCAUGCCGAAACGAGGUAUUACAACAAAAAGGCCGAUUAUUUUGAAAAGCAAACUGUGUGUCUGGAUAUUCAGAGGAAGCUGAUGUUGAUGCAGGCUCAUAAGUUGAAGCUCGAAAUAGAACAAAUGAGGAACGAUAUAAAGUAAUGGGUAAGCUAGGUGAUUAGGUUUUUGGGUAAAUUCAAGACUAGCUCAGAGUACUCAGGGUAUCUCAUAAGUAGAUCAGUAAAUAAGAAGAAUGAACAAAAUGGUUUUAAUAAAUUUUUACCAAACACAAA